AUGCCUCCUCGAAUUUCACCCUUCAGCACGCCGAUGUGCUGCAGGACGACUCCCAAUGCCCCUGUGUCAUCGCUGACGGCCUACCUCUCCGGCCUCUCCCUCCAGACCCGAAAUGCGUCUAUCCUCAGCAGUCUCGCCAACAACCCCGGCGCCGUUCACCAGAAGAAGCGAGUUGGUCGUGGUCCCUCUUCCGGACACGGAAAGACAUCUGGUCGUGGUCACAAGGGUCAGAAGCAGCAUGGAAAGGUUAAGCCGUGGUUCCAGGGUGGUCAGACACCUUUGAUCGUCAAGCAUGGUCGAAAGGGUUUCAAUAACUUCCGAGCUCCUCAGAUGUCAGAAGUCAACCUCGACCAGAUCCAGGUUUGGAUCGACCAAGGACGAAUCGACCCCACCAAGCAGAUUACACCAAAGGAAUUGAUCGAGUGUGGCAUUGUUGGAACUGUCAAGGAUGGUGUCAAGGUCCUCUCCCGAGGUGCGGAUAUGCUUAAGCAGCCCAUCGAUGUCAUGGUUUCCCGUGUUUCUGCUGGAGCUAUUGCUGCUAUUGAAGGUGCUGGAGGCAAGGUCGUCACUCGAUACUACACCAAGCUGGCCAUAAAACGACUCCUACGAGGUCAGUCCGUCAACACGGAUAAGCCUCUCCCUCAAGGAUUGGAGCACGUCGACACUGUGCUGGCCGCAGCCCGCGAUGCACCCUUCCGGUACCGAUUACCCGACCCUACCAGCCGUGAGGACAUUGAGUACUAUCGUGAUCCCGCACACCGGGGAUACUUGAGCCACCAGCUUGCGCCCGGAGAGUCUCCCAGUUUGUACUUCAGGGUGCCUGGAGUGCACAAGAUCAAGAGCGAGGUUAAGAAGGAGAAGGCAGCCACUGAGGAGACUCUGUUCUAA